GGCCCUUCUUAAGGAGGCUCAAGGUGAGCCAGAGGCCAUGAUCACAUCAUACCUUCUUCCUAACCUUGCAAAAUUAGGGAACAAUUAAUUCAGCUACUAGUAGCUGAAUUUGGAGCUAGCUAAUUAACAGGAUGUUCAGAGCUGCGCAGCUCCUCCUCAGGGAGACGAACAGAGCUCUUGGGGCAGCAACUUCGCCUGCAGGCUUCGUCAGUGGCUUCUCCACGGCUUCCAACUCUGCGCAGAGGUUGGCUGGCAAGGUGGCUGUCAUAACCGGUGGAGCUAGCGGCAUCGGCAAAGCGACAGCCAAGGAGUUCAUCGAGAAUGGCGCCAAGGUCAUCAUGGCCGAUGUCCAGGAUGACCUCGGCCACUCCACCGCAGCGGAGCUCGGCCCGGACGCCUCGUACACGCGCUGCGACGUCACCGACGAGGCACAGGUCGCGGCGGCCGUCGACCUCGCCGUGAAGCGGCACGGCCACCUCGACAUCCUCUACAACAACGCCGGUGUCAUGGGCGCCAUGCCGCAGGACGACAUGGCGUCCGUCGACCUCGCCAACUUCGACCGCAUGAUGGCGAUCAACGCCCGGGCGGCGCUUGUCGGCAUCAAGCACGCCGCGCGCGUCAUGUCGCCCCGCCGCAGCGGCGUCAUCCUCUGCACGGCCAGCGACACGGGCGUCAUGCCCAUGCCCAACAUCGCCUUGUACGCCGUCUCCAAGGCAACCACCAUCGCCAUCGUGCGCGCCGCGGCGGAGCCGCUGUCGCGCCACGGCCUGCGGGUGAACGCCAUCUCGCCGCACGGCACCAGGACGCCGAUGGCGAUGCACGUGUUAUCUCAGAUGUACCCCGGCGUAAGCAAAGAUGAUUUGGAGAAGAUGGCGGACGCCGCCAUGGACGCCGGAGAGGUGAUGGAACCUAAGUACGUCGCUAGGGCGGCGCUGUAUUUGGCUUCGGACGAGGCUAAGUAUGUCAACGGGCACAACCUCGUCGUUGACGGCGGCUUCACGUCGCACAAAGGAUCCGACACACGUUUGAAUUAGCGAUGUGUCCAACUAUAGAUGGACAAAUGGACCGCUCGGCCCGGGCACGACCAGACACGGACCAAUAUGAAUUAGUCACAUGUGCUCCUCAUUGGAAUAAGUCUGUUGUACCUCCCUCAUCUGUUUGGGUUGUCUUAUAUGGCUGGAUUAAGUCAAUUUUGCAUC